AUGGGCCACUGCCCCACAGCUGGUGAGCAGGUGGAAGAGCUCGGGUUACAAAAGGGAGAGCUCAAGGCCAAAAUCACAUUGCUGGAAGAGCAACUGAAAAAGGAGGAGGAGAAGCAUGAGGUCAUAGUCAAGAUCCUGGAGCAGAAAGCAAUGCUGGACAAGGAGAGCCUGAUGAAGGAGAUGGAGCAGCGGGUGGAAACUUUGGCAAGUGAGGCUCACAGGAGCAUGUCCGAGACCACCCAACAGGUCAUCCAGGAGAACGUGGCCCUCAGGGCCCAGCUGGGCAGGUUGAACAGCUACAACAGGGACCUCCUGAAGGAUAACGAAGAGCUCCAGGCAGUCAUACAUGACCUGAAGAUGCAAGUGGAUCUCCUGGAGGACAGGGAGAAGGAGAUGGCCAGGCGCAUGAUCUGCAACCGCAAGGUAAUCUCGACGCUAACCACGUUAUGUGAGAUGCUCCAGGGGCUGGGGGACGAGAGCGAGUGGAAGAAGGUCCAGGGCCAGCUGGAGCAGCUGAAGGAGGCAGCAGCGAUGCUGCGCUGCCAGGAGGCCUCAUGGGGGAAGGCAAGGAAGGCAAUGUCUGAACAGCACCGCCAGGCUGGGGCCUUGAAAGAGGCGAUGAGGCGCAUGGGGAGCGUGGAGAGUAUUCUGAGCGAGGGCAGAGCCAGCAGCCAGGACCUCAGGGAGAGGCCACCAGAGAAGAUGGGAAAAUCCUUGCACUGGGCAAGGUUGCGGAACAUGCUGAUGAUGCAGCAGGUGCAAAAGUCCCCAGUGGAGAGCGUGCUGCUGGCUUUGAAGAAGGAUAGCAAGACCUGUGAACUAAAUGCACCCAAAAGGAGCUCCAGCACUAUGCAGCCAGUCUUCCCCCCAAAAGCCUUCCCUGCAAUCUCUAACAAGGAGCCCUUCAGGAUGCAGCUACUUGUAUCCCACCUCAUGCCUAAACUGAGAGGCUCCAGCCACCUUGAUGGGCCACCCCUUCUGGAACCGCCUGUGCCCCUGCCGCAACCUGAAGGUGAGGCACCAGGCAGAGCUGGAGGAACCCUCACAGGGGUUGUCAGGCUCCCGUUGCUCAUCCCUUUCCCUCUGGAAGUUUCCCUCCAGCUUGGGCUGUGGGAACAGGGACAUGAACAUGGAUUUGAGCCCUAGAGAGCCCAACCAUGUCCCCUAUCUGCCACAUUUGCACUGUGCCUACAGCCCA